CAGAAGGACUCAUUUCCUAAAAUUCUGAACAUAGCAUUCCACUUUUAGGUUUGUCUCUAAAGGUUGCAAAUAGUUUAGAACUUGGUAGAAAUAUGGUGAUGUGGAUUGUCUGAGCAGACGCCAGUAUGCAGAGCAGGAGCUGGAGCAGGCCCGCAUGGCUCUAAAAAAGGCUGAAAAGGAGUUUGAAAUAAGAAGCAGCUGGUCUGUUCCUUAUGCGAGUCAGAAAUGGCGUCAGCUAACACAUGAAGUCGAAGUACAGUACUACAAUAUUAAGAGACAGAAUGCUGAGAUGCAGCUAGCCAUCACUAAGGACAAGGCAGAAAAAAUUAAAAAGAAGAGAAGCACAGUCUUUGGGAUCCUGCAUGUUGCGCAUAGCUCCUCCCUGGAUGAAGUAGAUCACAAGAUUCUGGAAGCCAAGAAAGCGCUCUCUGAGUUGACAAUGUGUUUGCGAGAGCGGCUUUUUCGCUGGCAGCAGAUUGAGAAGAUCUGUGGCUUUCAGAUAGCUCACAACUCUCGGCUCCCCAGCCUUACCUCCUCUCUGUACUCUGACCACAGCUGGGUGGUGAUGCCUAGAGUCUCCAUCCCACCCUACCCUAUUGCUGGAGGAGUCGAUGACUUUGAUGAAGACACCCCCCCCCCCAUAGUGUCACAGUUUCCAGGGACCGUGCCUAAACCUGCUGGGUCUUUAGCCAGGAGCAGUAGUUUAUGCCGCUCUUGUCGAAGUAUUGUGCCGUCCUCCCCACAGUCCCUGCGAGCUCAGCUUCCUCCACAUGCUCCUCUGGUAGCCCACCUUCGGCAUCCUCACCAUCCCCAGCAUCCCCAGCACUCACUACCUUCCCCAGAUCCAGACAUUCUGUCUGUGUCAAGUUGCCCUGCUCUGUAUCAGAAUGAAGAGGACAAGGAGACCAUCUACUUCACUGCUGAAAAACAAUGGGAAGUACAAGAUACAGCUUCAGAGUGUGACUCCUUGAACUCUUCCAUUGGAAGGAAACAGUCUGCUCCUUCAAGCCUUGAGAUAUACCAAACAUUGUCUUCUCGAAAGGUAUCAAGAGAUGAGCUUUCCCUGGAGGAUUCUUCCAAGGGGGAUUUGCCAGUGACAGCAGAUGUCUGCCGGGGUUCCCCUGAGUGUUUGGGACUGACAGAAACCAAGAACAUGAUCUUCAGUCCUGCCAGCAAAGUAUACAGUGGCAACUUGGAGAAAUCCUGUAGCAUGAACCAACUUUCUAGUGGCAUCCCGAUGCCUAAACCUCAACACACAUCAUGUUACUCAACUGGCAAUGACAGCAGGCCAGUUCAGGAAGCCUCGAAUGUUUCCAGAAUAAGCAGCAUCCCACAUAACCUUUGUCAUAAUGGCGAGAAAAGCAAAAAGCCAUCAAAAAACAAAAGUCUUUUCAAGAAGAAGUCUAAGUGACUCAGCGACUUGAUGGAAUUCCAUUGAAGUGGCAUCUGUGAACUUUUUCUCCCACCCUCCAUUCCCGAUUUUAUUUUUAUUUUAGGAAUGUUACUCCACUGGGGCUUUCCAGAGUUGAUGCCAUAGUGGAAAUGUCCUUAAGUGCAACUGUCUACUGUCUGAUGAUUUAACAGACUAUGCCAUCAAUUCAUCAAGGCCGCCAUUACCGAAGAGUCAUCGAGAGGAGAUAGUCAGUUUA